UUUCUCCCAAAAUGGCGGAUGGUUUAUUGUGAUGUUCGGACCUGUCGCCUCGAGGGUUGACAUGUUUGACAGUUGAUAUAGAGAUAUGUAAUCGCCUUGCCAGUAUGGAAUCGUCUCUAAGCUGACGCUCAGUAUGGAAAGAAAGAGAUCAGACGAUAUUGUAUCACUUGAUUCCUGGAAUGAGUCCAUCUCAACACCUGAGAGUGAAUCACCAAAGUCCCCAGCGGACGCAUUCAUGGAGGACGCGAAUUGUGGUAAACAGUAUGGUAAAAAACGGAGAAACCAUCGCAGUAGAUCUCAUAGCGAUCGUGACAGGGAUCAGGCGAAACAGCCAGACUCCCUUUUACUCAGUCCCUCCAAGUUCCUCGAUCAAAUGAAAGGGGGUAGAUCUACUGGGUUAGCAUGUGCUAUUGAGUCACGAGAACCGGACGUGUUUCAAGACAGGUUAAUAGAACGAGAGUCGCACACAGGUACAUGUAUGAAAACUAAACGAGAAAAUGAGUUUGGGAAGAAAUAUCCAAUUUCAAGUUCAGGUAGCUCGACUGAAGAUCAGAGACAAGCAAAGAUAGUGCAAGGAUGGGUUGGGGAGUUGGAGGAAGACCAGCCUAGAAGUGUAUGUCAAAGACAUAGAUCAAAGACAACCAACAGUCAGCAACAACACCAGAAGUAUAAAAAUCGCUCACAACAGUGUGACCGCUGUCAACAGCAACAAUCCAGCUGUGGUAAACCCAAAGUAAUGUCACAAUCGUGGCAGACGCAACCUCACCAAUACCAACCCCAGCACCAUCCACGGUACCAGCAUCCCCGCCAGAAACACUGGAUGGGCCACGAACGGCUCAACAAUGUGUUGCAGUACCCAUCAAUGGCCACAUAUCCUCCAACAGCCAGAAGUACAUCACAUUCCUCUCAAAAUGAAGAAGAUAUUGACCAAAGUGAAAAGAUGAAAAACAAAAUCUUGUCUGUUUGGAACAAUGUUCGAUAUGGCUGGACUCUGAAGACUAAGACAAGUUUUAAAUGUGACAGUCCCAUAUUUCUGCUUGGCAAGUGUUACCAUAUUAGACCAAGUGAUGAUGCUCCAGCUCCAGGGGACAAAAUUUGCAUGGUCCCAACAGUGGAGAAGUUUAAACAGGACUUCUCUAGUCAGCUGUGGUUCACCUAUCGCCAAGACUUCCCAGCCAUCACUGGCACAAAGCUCACAUCAGACUGUGGAUGGGGCUGUAUGCUCAGGAGUGGUCAGAUGAUGGUGGCCAGAGCAUUUGUUAAUCACUUCCUCGACAGAGACUGGAAUGUGUUCAGGGAUCAAUCAUUAGAAGAAGAAACAUUUAGAAAACAAAUUAUACGAUGGUUUGGUGAUUAUCCUUGUGAACAGUCUCCAUUCUCAAUCCAUCACUUAGUGGAAAUAGGAAAAAAACUUGGAAAAGACCCAGGUGACUGGUACGGGCCGUCUUCUGUUGCACACAUCUUAAGAGAUGCCAUCAUGAGGGGAUACUCAUCUCAGCCAGUCCUGGCAGAUAUCUGUAUAUAUGUGGCACAAGACAGUACAGUGUACAAAAAGGAUAUUUACGAGAUGUGUACAAAAAGGCAAAGGACAGUUACAAAUCUGACAAGUUCCACAGAAUCUGAGACAGAUGGAGCCAAAAAUAAAUCACCACCGGAGGAGGAAGAGGAGUGGAGGCGAGCGGUGCUCAUUAUGGUGCCAAUACGUCUCGGGAGUGAGGAGAUGAACCCUGUUUACGGACCUUGUAUCAAAAGUCUCCUGGCUCAGGAUAACUGUAUCGGUGUUAUAGGGGGGAAACCUAAACACUCUCUGUACUUCAUAGGUUUCCAGGAUGACAAACUGAUCUACCUUGAUCCCCAUUACUGUCAGGAAGCCGUCGACACAAGGGAGAGAAACUUCCCUGUACAGUCCUAUCAUUGUCUGUCCCCGAGGAAAGUCGCUUUGUCCAAGAUGGACCCAAGCUGUACCGUAGGUUUCUACUGUAAAACCAAGAAGGAGUUUGAGACUUUUGUAACACAGUCUGAAGCGAUGGUGUCACCUCCGAAGCAGAAACUGUCAUACCCCAUGUUUGUAUUCAGUGAAGGGCGUGGCUCUGAACUCAAUUUGGACAGCCUGAGUCUUGAGGAAGACAAACUGCUACGUAUCAGACAUGUCAAAACGGAUAAGUACGGUCGGAUAAGAUCUUCAACAGUCGAUUCGGAGGAGUUUGUGGUGUUAUCCAGGCAUAUCUUUAAGGUUCCCCAGAGAGACUCUAGGGAAAGUCCGCAAAAGGCUCAGCGCCUUAUCGACGACCUUGCCAGCCAUGUUGGAAAGUGCACCAGCUCAGAGAAACGCUUAAAAUUUGGCUUUUAUUUAAAUCGCUUCUCUGACUCAGCUCAGCAACGAAUAGCCUCUAAAACUACCCUUGUAACUGAAAAUCUCAUUAGGAAGCGAGCAGAGCACAACAAUUUAGAGAUUUCAACCCUAGAAGAGGUGUCCUUGCAUCAACAGGACAUUGAGAGGAUUGAGUAUAUUGAUAAAUGGUGUAGAGAAUUGAAGAUCCUUUACCUACAGAGCAACCUCAUCCCCAAAAUUGAAAAUGUUUCAAGGUUGAAAAAGUUACAGUACAUCAAUCUUGCACUGAACAAUGUGGAGAGAAUUGAGAAUUUAGAAGGAUGCGAAUCACUUCAGAAAUUGGAUUUGACUGUGAACUUUGUUGGAGAAGUCACGAGUAUAGAAUGUCUUAGAGACUUGGUUCACUUUAAAGAAUUGUACCUGACAGGGAACCCAUGUGUCCAGUUUGAGGGUUAUCGACAAUAUGUGAUAGCAACUCUUCCCAGAUUGAAGAAGUUGGACGGAAUUGACAUAGAAAAAUCUGAGAGAAUCCUAGCCUGCCAGGACUACGGCACUGUAAGGGCAGAGAUUGUACGCCAACAAAUACAGCACAAGAAAAAGCGGGAAAAAGAGAAGAGAGAAGCCAAAUUGCAAGAAGAACAAGAGAAAAAGGGUAAAGAACUGAUAGAGGGAAAAAAGGAGGAGAAACCUGGAUUUGAUGGGCGUUGGUACACAGACAUCAAUGAAAGUGACAAAAAGAAAAGUGAGGAAGAGAGAAAGUUAGAAGAAGAAAAUAAUAAAAAAGAGUUCCUUGAGAAGGAGAAAGAACAAGAUGAAAAGGAAAAAGAGUACUGGCAGAAACCGUGUGCAUUUACCCCAGAGUCACGAGUGGAGGUCCACAAUCAUAUGAAGGAGCAAAGAGAACGCAAGGAGGAGCCCAAAGAAAAGCCCAAACCUCCGCGGCGUUUCUUUAUGGAAGAUGGACGACCUCUGAACAUAAAUGAAUCAAAGAUUGAUUUCAGUCUUAUUGAUGAUGAGGAAAAUAACUGUUAUCUCCUGGACGUAGCUGUGUUUAAGUAAGUGCAAUUUUUGUAACAGG